UUUUGCUUCAAGGUUAGCGCCUGCUUCCCUAAUGGCUAGCUGGGAAGCACCGUAAGCUCGGCUUGUUUACUUGGCAGUUAGCAUAGUAUAGUAGCGAGAGAAUUGUUCAAAUAUAUACAUGUAUAUACGACCGAGAAGCUUCAGCUCGGUUUGCUCUAUUCACCGCCACCAGGAAUGCGACGCAAGAGGAAUUGACUAAUACCGAGUUGACGUGUUGUGGUCGGCUACUUUGUACCAUAACAAUGUUGACAGAAGAUCUAUGCGCUCCCAUCAACAAGCCGUCAUUUGAAGAUGGACCAAGGUGAAGUGAAGAUAACAUUCAGAAGAGAUGACCAAUCAGGUAAAUUGGUCUACACCGAAUUCCCAGAGGGGGGAGAGCCCUUGAAAGUGGCCCCUCGCAGUGCCAUCGGUUCUACCGCCUCUGUUGAUCACCCGUCCGGCCUGUCAAUGCAGCCUGGGCAGUCUAACGGCCUCACCAGCAGCCCUGCUCCGGUAGAAGUCACCUCCUUUUCCAUCACUGCCACCGUAAGCCCCUUGCAAGAAGGUCCACAGCAACGAGGCACAACCAAAGACCAGAGGCCCUUUUCAUCCAGUCGCCAAAACCUUGGGGUGAACUUGCCGCAGCCGGGGGGGAGAAUAGCACACUUCACGCCAUCUUCCAUGGAUUCUCUCAUUGGGGGAUCGGAUCCUAACUUUUUCUCCAUGAAGACUGAGGAUUUCUCUUUGGAUAAAGUGAGUCAUGAUCCAAUUGAUUUGGAUCAUGCCUUUGAACACAUCGGGAAAGACAUGGACAUGAGCCAGAAAUUGUUCGGCGACAACACUCUGGAUCUUCUCACUGACUUUGAGCUCACAGGCUCACCUUCAGAUUUUUAUGUUGGAGAUGACGCUUUCUUAUCCACUCUGGCGGACGAUGCUAUACUCGUGGACGUCAGCUCAGAGAGGGAAGUCAAGCCACUUAUCACCGAGAUCGCUAACGGCAGUGGCUCACUUGCUCUCAAUGGUAACAACAGUGUGACCAGUCCUGAGCAGUCCGGCUCAUGCAUAUCCAGUACCGCCACCCUGACCCCUACCCCCACUCUGGUGAAGAAAGAAAAAGACGGUGACUUCAUUCAGCUCUGCACCCAAGGUGUGAUCAAAAAAGAGAAGUUGUCUGGCGGCCAGACUUACUGCCAAAUAAGCAGCACCACAUCCACAGACCUGCCCACCCCUCGCCCCAUCUCCAUCUGUGGGGUGAGCACCUCGGGAGGUCAGAGCUUCCACUUUGGACUCGGCACACCGCAGCAGAAGGAUCAGAAGUCGGUGACUUGUCAGUAUCUUCCUGUCAGCGCAGCCUGGAGCAGAGCCCAGACUCCUGGCCAAGUGUCAAGCUUGCAUCAGGCCUCUGAUGCUUUCUCAAGCACUCCCGGCUACCAGACCAGCUUUUCCAGCUCAACUUCCCGACAGGAAGGGGUCACGGCACCGUCGUCGACCCAGGGGAAGAGUGGGACUCACAAAAUCUGCUUAGUGUGCUCCGACGAGGCUUCCGGUUGCCACUAUGGUGUGCUCACUUGUGGCAGUUGCAAGGUGUUCUUCAAAAGAGCAGUGGAAGGGCAACAUAAUUACUUAUGUGCUGGGAGGAACGAUUGCAUCAUAGACAAGAUCAGGAGGAAGAACUGUCCAGCUUGCCGCUUCCGCAAAUGUCUGAUGGCAGGCAUGAAUCUAGAAGCACGUAAAACCAAGAAGUUCAGUCGCCCAAAAGGCGGCCACGCGAGGAACCCGCCCGAGGUGCAACCCCCACCGCCAGCCGAGGCCCGUGCGCUUAUGCCCAAGUGUAUGCCUCAGCUGGCCCCCACCAUGCUGUCUCUUUUGAAGGCUAUCGAGCCCGACAUCCUCUACGCAGGCUACGAUAGCACCUUGCCCGACACUCUUGCCCGCUUCCUGACCUCCCUGAACAGGCUGGGUGGACGACAGCUCAUCUCUGCCGUCAAGUGGGCCAAGGCUCUGCCAGGUUUCAGGAACCUUCACCUGGACGACCAGAUGACUCUGCUCCAGUGCUCGUGGCUCUUCCUCACUUCUUUCAGCCUGGGAUGGAGAUCUUACCAGCAAUGUAACGGCGACAUCCUCUUUUUCGCCCCGGACCUCAUCAUGAAUGAGGAGCGAAUGAAGCUGCCAUACAUGGCCGACCAGUGUGCACAGAUGAUGAGGAUUAGCAGCGAGUUUGUCCGGCUGCAGGUUUCCCUUGACGAAUAUCUGUGUAUGAAGGUCCUGCUGCUGCUCAGCAUAGUGCCAAAAGACGGCCUGAAGAGUCAGGCGGCUUUCGACGAGAUCCGGAUGUCUUACAUCAAGGAGCUGGGGAAAGCGAUAGUGAAGCGAGAGGAGAAUUCCAGCCAGAACUGGCAGCGUUUCUACCAACUCACAAAGCUGCUGGACUCCAUGCACGAGAUGGUCGGCGGGCUUCUCAACUUCUGCUUCUACACUUUUGUGAACAAAUCACUGAGUGUGGAGUUCCCCGAGAUGCUGGCGGAGAUCAUCAGCUACCAGCUGCCCAAAGUCAAAGCGGGGGGUGUCAAAGCGCUCCUCUUUCACCAGAAAUAACUAACUAUCCCCCCACCCCCCACACAAACGGACACGAUGCCUUAAAUUCCCUCGCCACUCGCCCACCUCACCACCACCUAUUACAGCCCGCGGAGUGACGUGGAAAGGACUUGAGGAGCGUGGGUUUGGAGAUAAAGAAGAGGUUCUUAAGAUAAGAAGUAGGAACUGCUCUGCGGAUGGAGAGAAAUAGCAUCAUCUUGUCUCAGGUGACUUCCUUCACAUAUACAUCUAUACAUUUAGAACUUGGAACUACACAGAUUCUAAUAGUAUUUUCUACAUGUUUCGCAGUUGAUCGUUUUCCAGGUUGUAGUCGCCUGGAAGUUAAAGUCAACUCCAUGAAUAAUCUUCUCCGUUCUUGAGUUAGCAUAGGAGCCGACGGCGUCCAUUUUACUUUACACUCCUUUUGUGCUUUCAUCCUUUUGAGAUAUGAAACAAUUGCUAGGAUUGUUGGUCAUUCAAAGGAUGAUUGAUUCGCAAAAAAAAAAAACCCUCUUCCAGGUUUACCAAUAUAGAAGCGGGGGGGGGGGGGGGGGGAAAUGUGCCUUUUUUAUUUUUAUUUUUUUUGCGUCAAAUAUCUCAGUUAUUGCUUCCUACCUGCCGGGGGCGUGCCUCUCCUCAGCCCGUUGCCACCAUUUUACCCUGAUUGUACUUUCAUGACACAUGCAGUUGCAACGCUUCCUUUUUUUAAAUAGCUGUGUUGUUCUCACCUCUUGAUGUGUGUGUGCGUGUGUGUGUAUGCCUGUGAGCCCCCCCGCACCCCCCCCAAAACCGCACACUGAAGUGCGAUCGAAGCACUUUGUGCCCUUCUAAAGGCUUUUAACUGUGAAGAAGCACCGAGACUUAAAGUCACGGCCUUCAUGCAAGAUUUUAGUCGACCUGAUCUCGAUUGAUACCCCCUUUUGCCCCGCCCCCUCGUCCCAUUUUUGACGAAUCGAUUCAUGGAAUGUGAUUUGCGUCGACCAAUCAGAAAAGAGAUCCUAUUUUCGUGUAUUUGUAACAAAUUUGUGCACCUAAAUGAAGUGUAGUGUUUAGUCACGUCCGUGGCGACAUGGGACGGAUCCCUGCGGAGUCCCCAAUUUCAUCCAGCAAGUGUUUUACUCGUGUGCAGUUAUCACAGACGGAUACCGUAUUUCCUCAUAAAGUGACCAAGGAUAUUGACUCACUCAACUGCAGAAAGAGCUGGGCAUCUGUUAGGGGUUAUAGUUAAUAGUUUCCCCCAAUUAUUAAUAUUUGUAACUAGGGCUGCAACUAGUGAUUAUUUGUCAGUUAAUCAGAUUUUUUUAAUCUUUUUGACCUCUUUGUUGAGAAAUAGAAGAUUGAAGAUGAAUAGAAGAUGAAUAGAAGAUGCACCAACACCAGGUUGCCACUUGAUUAAUCUGUUAAAAUGUUAUUGUUAACAAUAUUUAUGUUGACAGUAAUUGUACACAAAAAUACAAAAAUGGCCACCAGUGUUUUCUAAAGUCAAAGUUGAUAUGUGUGAAUGUCUAGUUUAAAAAAAAAAUCAGAGUAUAUUUACAUAUUCAAUAAAAAAUGAACAAUUAAUCAAUUACCAAAAUUGAUCUUGAUUAAUUGAUAUACUCUGAGUGUGUACACAAUAUAUAUAUACUGUAUACACAUACUAUAUAUGUAUGUACAUUUAUGUGUUGGAAACACAACCCCCUCCUUCACCAGAAUCGUUGUCGAUUAAUUGGGGAAUCGAUUAACCAUCGAUUAAUAGUUGCAGCUCUGUUUGUAACAAUAAAUAUAAUGAAUGUGACAAUAUAAUUUGAUGAAUAUGAUAUACUACGCACCGGGCCUGGGAUGAUAAGAGGCUAACUAAUUAAUUAAUUAAUUAAUCACACAUGAAACAAACUUGAUCAUCAUACAGUAUAUGGCCGUGUGCCUCUGUAUCUUGUUUUUCCACGUCUCUUGCCUCCAAGCAGACAGGAAGAGAGUUCAUUCCGGGCAUCGGUCGCAACAACUUGGCGUCUUUGUUCCAUAAAACAACGGCAUGAAUGGAGUCAGACCUUUUGGCAAGUCUCUUCGUCCGUGUUCGAAACCGCAUACUUAGCUACUACUCUUAUUAAUAUUAAUUAUUAUUAUUAAUUAUUAAUACUAACUCUUUGAGUAAUGCUAGAAGUUCCCGGAUGUGUACUGCAUUGGCCAGAAAUGUUGAGUAUGUAUCGUCAGCUUACGACUCACACCCAAAUUACCCAGGAUGCAACGCAAUGUGACGUCACCGGGACGAGAUCAGCCCAAACGGUGGUUUCAAGCAGGAUAUAUUGCGAGUUGGUUCGCUUCUUGUUUUCAAAGUAAAAGCAGUGAUUUAUCACUAUGUUUAUUUUUUGUACGAGAAAAGUAAGAAAAUAACCGGAAGUGCAUUGCUAACUUUGGCUAGCUUAAAUUUUGCAGAACGAAAUUCUAAACGUUUGGUAUUUGGACAAAUAAAUGGCACACUCGGGAUCUAAUUCGCCUGAUUUUUUUAAAAAAUCUCAAAGUGAUGUAUUUAAAGAGUUUAGAGCGAAAGUCGUUUGUGGCUCGGGUAUGAGCGCAAUGCAUUGUGGGUUAUCAUUUAGUACGCUGUAGUGUAAGCAUACUGUCUGAUGGGUUGGGUAUGCAGUAUGUAGUGUGGAUAGUAUGGGCUUGUAAGUAUGUAGUAGUUAGUAUGUGGUUUCAAACACAGCCACUGUGUCAGUGAGUGGAGGCGGGGCUGCUAGCGUACACACAGAGUGCAGGAGGGUGUCACAUACAUACAACAUUCUUAUGCUUACCAAGCAAUACUGACACCGAGUGGCAUUUUAUAACAAUUGUUUUUAUAUUGACUUAAUUGUAUUGCUCGUAUUGUACUGAGCAGCCAGAACCUUUCCACCCCAAGAUCGGUUACUGAUUCUGUCAUCAUGACAUUGUGGUGGUGGCGUGACAAAGGUUUCAAAAAGCCGAAACCCAAAUUAGUGUAGUUCAACUCUUGCCAUGUCUGCUCUCUACUGACAUCUACUGGUGGCACACGGAGGCGUUUUAUUCGUUCAAUUGGACCAUUCAGCCAGCAGUUCAUUGGCUGAUGCUGUCUAUUAGGGUGUUACUAUUAGGAAAUAGGGUCGUAUGCAUUCAGUUUGUAUUUGCAUACCCUGCCCCCCCUCUCUUUCAGGCACCUUGUCCGAAAUUUUGUAGCACGAUGUCAUGAGCGUCGCCAAGCAAAAUCCUGUCAUCCUGUUUGCGUGGAAAGCACAAAAUACUCAGUUUUUGGUUUUUUUUAAACAAACAAAUGUAAAGAAAUGAUUGAAAUCAUCAGACAAAUGUGUGGUAGAUUAUCCAUUCAUUAAAACUCACCAGUAGAGCCAUGUGAUUUCUCUCAGCCAAUCAGUGAAGAAAGAUCAUUGGAAUCAUGAUAGUGUUGCAAUACCAACAAAAGACAUAUGACCACACCUCGUUUUUUAGGGUGAUUUUUUUAAAUAUAUAUAUAUAUAUAUAUAUAUAUAUAUAAGGAGUUAUGAUGCUAAUUCUUUACCAAUGAAGCGGCCAUCUUAUAUGUAUUAUAAGUAUAUUACUUGUAUUAUGUAUAUAAUAUAUAUUAUAUAUAUAUAUCAUAUAUAUAGAUAUAUUUAUAUAUAUGUAUUAGAUAUAUAUUAUUUUAUUAUUAUAUAAAUUAUUAUUAUUGUUAUAUAAUAUUAUAACAGUUGUUAGAUGGUCGCUUAAUUGGUAAAGAAUUUGCAUCAUAAUUCCUUUGUUUGCUAACAAGUAUUUAGGCCAAAAAAAUGAAAUCUUGGAAAAUUUUGAGAAUUUACAAAAUUAUGAAAAAGGUCGUCUGUGGUAUGAUGAGAAUCAGAGGUGAAACGCUUACUUCAUUCACUUAGUAAUUCCCAUUUCAUCCCGGCUCAGGUUCACGUCUGAAUUAUUCCUUUUUUUCCCCCCAUCAUCCUAUCAGGAAACUGCUCUUUUUGUUGCCGUCUUUGUUCGGAAAAGGGUUACUUUCGCAUUCAGUCUGCUCAAAUCUCUGCUGCUGCUCUUAUCAAACAGAUAGAAAUAUAUAUAUAUAUGGGUAUAAAUAUACAAUAUAUACAGAUACUUGUACACAUUAUUUUCCUGUUCCAACAGAAUAUGCAAUAUAGACGCCGCCACAAAGGAUCACCACCAUGUCAGAUAUAAGCUAUAUUCAUACACUUUCAGGAACACACACAAGCCUAUUUGAUGUUUGACUACAUGGUGACCAAAGCACUUAACACACAGACUCACUCAAGUAGCUCCUUUUUGCUUUUUCUUUGUUUUUGUUUUUUUUUCUUGUAAAAAAAAAAAAAAGAUUUUGAAAAGUCGGUGAACUUAUGUUAAUACUGUGAAUAGAAGUCAAGUCUUUUUCACACCAAACUGUUUGUGAAAGUAAUCAGUCAGCUUGAUUGGGAAAGAUUUGCACUAGCCAACUAUUGUUUGGAAAUCUAUUUUGUAUAAAAAGAAAAAAAAAUGCUCAAAAAUAAAACAACUUAUGUUAUGACAUUUAGACCGGUCAAGGAGAGAUGUGGAGUUUUCAUUUUGUUUUUCUGUACAUAUAUAUCCGAUGCCGUGUACUUUAUUCCCUCCCCCCCUUAGAUUCUUUAUUUACUUUGCUCUUCUUCUAUAGCGCAACUUGUACUGUGUCCUUUCUUUGUGGUACCUGUCUUCCAUCUCAAUCACGCUGUAGUUUGUUGCCAUGACACCUGAUUUACUUGGACACGACAAAAAAAAAACAACGUCAUCCAUUCAAUGUAAGCCACUCUUCAAUCAAGCACUUGGUUAGCAAAUAAAAGCGCUUUUUCCA